GAUAAGAACUAGUAUUAUUUACCUCAGCUUUGAUCUCUUACAAUCUGAACACAUAAUCGUAUCAGGAAACACAAUGGCGUUUAUCAUUACAUUGACAUUACUUCUAACUUUGACGACUUUCUGUUUAGCAGAAUGUCCGGAUGGUUUCGUGAAGCAUGGCGGAUCCUGCUACCAUGUUGUGCGGAUUAAGGCGACUUGGCCUGAGAGUGAUGUUUACUGCCAUGCGGUAGGUUCAGACCUUGCAACUAUUGAAACGCGGGAGGAACAACAUUAUCUAGCAGGCCUCCUAGCAGCAAACGCAGGAGCAUAUAACCCACCGCAGUUUUGGAUUGGCGGAAACGAUAUUGCUGAGGAGGGUAACUGGAUAUGGCUCAAAUCUAAGACGCCUAUAGGUGACCAGGACUACUCCAACUGGAUAAACGGAGAUGUACUGCCUGUGACCGCAGACGAAAAUUGUUUGAUGAUAACCAAGGGUGGUCGCUGGCAGUGGGAAGACAACAAUUGUGAUGACCAUUACUUCUUCGUCUGCGAAAAAGAUGCCUACAGUGAUGGAGGAAUCGUGAUUGGAUGAACAUUCCUCGCUGAGUAUGACACCAAUAAUCUACACUGUAAACCGCCAAUAAAAUUACUUACUCAG